ACCUGUUGAAAUGGAAUUCAAUCCGGAUUGAGUUCAGUUUUAUUAGGUGGAUUUUUGCAGCUGACCACGAAAUAAAGACAUCAGUUUAACAAUCUUAACUUCCGGAUUAGGCCUUUAAGAAAUAUACUUAAUUACCAGUUGUUAUGGAGUCGUGUAAUGGAGAGAUGCAUCACUGCUGUAAUUUAAACUCAGACUUUGAUGACUGCAGCGAGGCCUAUUUACGUGUGAAUGAUUCCAACGGUAACAGUUCAGUCCACACUGAGCAGGAAGUGGAGAACUUCAGGAGGAAGCUGAAAUAUUUCUUCAUGAGCCCCUGUGACAAGUUCAAGGCUCGCGGCCGGAAACCUUGGAAACUGAUGCUGCAAAUCAUCAAAAUCGCAGUUAUCACCAUGCAGCUGGUGUGGUUUGGUCUCAGUAAUCAGAUGGUGGUUCAGUUUAAGGAGGAGAACCUCAUGACCUUCAGACAUCUGUUCCUGAUGAACUUCGAUGAUGUCCGCUCAGAUACCUACUCCGUUUACACACAGCGUGACGUCUACACACACAUCAAGUAUGCUGUACAGCAGUUCCUGAUGUUGCCAAACAUAACGCUGGGCAAUCAUGAGUAUGAGAGUGUAGGUGGAGUUUACGCUCCGCUCGACAUCUGCCAACAGUUUUACCGCAAUGGAAGCAUCUCCCCAGCCAACGAAACCUUUAGUAUUGACGUUCAGGUGGAUGAAGAGUGUUCUCAGAUUUACCCAAUGCAACCCUUCAAAACAUUGAAGGCAAAUCCACUAAACUUAACUCUGCACUUUGAAAGGUUGUUGAUUGUGACUAUAAAGUUCACUCUGAAAGCUAUUAACCUGCAGACAGUUCAGUAUCAUGAGCUCCCAGACUGUUACAAAUUCAACAUUAUGAUCACCUUUGACAACAAGCCUCACAGUGGUGAAAUCAAGAUUGAUCUGGACUACGAUGUGAAUAUUAAUGAAUGCAGAAACUGGAGCGUCAUUGGUGCAUCACCCAGAAACCUGUACAUGACGGUGGUGUUCGACAUCAUGAUCAUUCUCACCCUUGUGGCGUCUCUGGUUCUCUGCACGCGCUCAGUGAAAGCUGGAGUCCUUCUGAUGUUUGAGUACACAGAGUUCUUCUCCAGUCGUUAUGGUAAACGUGUGUCAUUAUCUGAGCGUAUGGAGUUCAUUAACGGCUGGUGUAUUGUCAUCGUUGUCAGUGAUGUGCUGACCAUCACGGGUUCUGUGCUGAAAAUCAUCAUCCAACUGAAGGCUGUGGCGAGUUAUGAUUUGUGCAGUAUUCUGCUGGGUACCGGCACCAUGAUGGUGUGGAUCGGAGUUUUACGCUACAUGGGAUACUUCAAAAAAUACAAUAUUCUCAUCAUCACUCUGAGAGCGGCGUUACCAAACGUCAUUCGUUUCACCUGCUGUGCUGCUAUGAUUUAUUUGGGCUACUGUUUCUGUGGAUGGAUUGUUCUGGGACCCUACCACAGGAAGUUCCGGACUCUGAAUGUGGUAUCUGAGAGUUUGUUUUCGCUCAUAAACGGUGACGACAUGUUCGCCACCUUUAAGAACAUGCAGCAAAAGAGUUACAUGGUGUGGCUCUUCAGUCGUCUGUAUCUUUACACGUUUGUGUCUUUGUUCAUCUAUAUGGUGCUCAGUCUCUUCAUCACCCUCAUCACAGACACAUACGACACCAUCAAGCAUCAGCAGUUAAAAGGUGAACCCGUCUCUGAUCUUCAUGCGUUCAUCAUGCAGUGUAAAGAUUCUCCCGAGUCGGGCUGCUUCAGUGUGGACGACACCAAACACACCUGCAUCAUCUGCUGUUUACAGAGGACACAUCGUUCCAAGGAGAAAGCGGACUGUUAGAUCACAGGAUUCACCACGAGUCUGGAUGUGUGGUUGAGCAGAUGUGUAUUAGGCUUAACAAAUGUUCAAAGAUAUGUAUGAAUUGUGAAUCUUCAGAUGAGGUAAAGAUUAUAGAAACAGAAUCACAUGUACAGUUGUUCUUAAAAGCA